AUAUAAGUGUCGAUUUCUGGUGGAGAGUUGUGAUAUACUUACGGUACAGACGCAAACUAUGAACCCGGCUCAUCCCACGGCUUGGCUUGUGCUGACACUCACGGCAGGAGCCAUCAGUGUCAUCUUCCCCCAUGGUGCCACUGCGUUUCCAAAUGCGCGUGGGCCUUAUUUCACUACGAUUGAAGGGCCCGACACGGUGACAGCCGGGGAGGUGUCUGAGUUCACCUGCACCGCAGAGUGUUCCCCCGAAUGCACAUACACCUGGUCUGUGGACGGACACACGAAUACCAGUCCCACCAUAACACUCAGGACCAGAGGUCUGACCAGCACGGUGGAGAUGGAGUGCACCAGCCUCAACCCUGCGAGCGGGAAAACCUCCAGCAUGAAAAAGAGUCUGCGUGUGGAAAACCCUGUAUCUGUCAGGCCUGCUGCAGGAGAAGAACCAUCUCUGAACCAAUCCUUCCAUUUGACCUGUGUGGGCUUUGCUCAAAUGUCCACCAUCGAGUGGUACAAGGACAGCGACAUUUUGGUCAUGGAUGCACAGACGACCCUCAGCGCAGACAACACCACCCUCUCCUUCAGCUCGCUGCUGCCCUCUCACAGUGGCCUCUAUCGAUGUGUGCCCUCCAAAGGUGACACAGUAAUUGUAAGCGUUGGCUACCUCCUCACGUGUGGGCCUUAUUUCACUAAGAUCGAAGGGCCCGACACGGUGACAGCUGGGGAGGCGUCUGAGUUCACCUGCACCGCAGAGUGUUCCCCCGAAUGCACAUACACCUGGUCUGUGGACGGACAAACGAAUACCAGUCCUACCAUAAUAGUCACGCCCAGCGGUCUGACCAGCACGGUGGAGAUGAAGUGCACCAGCCUCAACCCUGCGAGCGGGAAAACCUCCAGCAUGAAAAAGAGUCCGCGUGUGGAAAACCCUGUAUCUGUCAGGCCUGCUGCAGGAGAAGAACCGUCUCUGAACCAAUCCUUCCAUUUGACCUGUGUGGGCUUUGCUCAAAUGUCCACCAUCAAGUGGUACAAGGACAGCGACAUUUUGGUCAUGGAUGCACAGACGACCCUCAGCGCAGACAACACCACCCUCUCCUUCAGCUCGCUGCUGCCCUCUCACAGUGGCCUCUACCGAUGUGUGCCCUCCAAAGGUGACACAAGAAUUGUAAGCGUUGGCUACCUCCUCACGUACGGACCACUGAGUGUCACUAUCAGUGGGCCGGACACGGUGGAGGUAGGGACGGAGUACACCUUUGUGUGCGAGUCCAACUGCGAAAUACCCUGCGACAUCUACUGGACGUUUCGUCAAGGAUUUCCAUCGGGAAGGUACAUCCAGCGGAGAACAGUGAUUAAUUGGACCCCGGAUACACCGAACAGAGACCAGCUCUUCGCCUGCGUGGUAGAGAACACUUACGCCUCAGCCAUGGCCACGAAGCUUGUGAGGGUCGUUGAGAAACCAGAAGAAAAAGUGAAGCCUGAGUCGGGAUGCAUGGCUCUGCAGCCGACCACAACUCUGGGCCUCAUGCUGUGUAUGGCCCUCCUCUUCCUCUGGGGCUGGUAGGACCCAGAGCCACGCAGGCCGGAGGGUCUGCGUGACACCCGGUACCGGAGCUGAACAUUUAACCACAGCAGGCCCUCCAAAUGGCCGCUGUCUUCGGCUUCUUUUUUUUUUGUUGCUACUGUGUAAAUAACAUUCAUUCAGCCCUGAGAAGUGUAAGAGUUUACCUUGUUUGAGCGUCAUUUCUGUCCCUGCGCCGCUAAGGUCUAAUUAUUACUUUUGUCUUAUUGUAGGUAUUAAUUAAAUGCGACCAAAUGAAUAAUGGAUAUUUGAGAUAUACUGUGACAAAGGAACUGGAUGUAAGGCUUACGACAUAAACAUUUUUUGACAUUAUAAAUCUGCUCUCCAGUAACCAUUGGAACAGGUUUGGGUCAAAUUGACCUGUGACACUUUUGAGAGAUGUAUUAUAUUCCAUAACCAGUAAUUAAAACCAGUUUUGGUUCUUUUGCAUUUCUUGCUGUUCAUCAUCUGUAUGCCUUUUUGUCAAUAUGAUUUCUUUGAAUAUUAUGAAAUAAAGAUGAAAAAUAAUUGAGAA